AUGUUCCUUCAUCUCAUUCUGCUUGCCGGUUUAGCGCCAGUCGUUUAUUUGUGGUGCACACCGUUUAUCGCCUGUAAUCAGACUGUCUAUGGAGACUUCAGUGAUAUUGAGAAAGGAAUGAAAGUAAUUCUUCUGGGCCGUCCGUUCCAAAAAAUGGACCAACUUAUCAUUACAGGAGAAUAUUACAACAACGGAUCGGAAGUAAUGGAUGAUGCAGCAUUCACUGUUGGACUCUCAAAAGGACUUAUCAUGCAUCAACUUGGUAUGGAUGACUUGGAACAGUAUUUGCUGACAACGACGCUUGGAGCUAGCGAGGAACGAAUGAAUAUUUCUGGAAAGCUGCUUGGCAGGAAAAAAGAUACUUUUUUAAUUGUUGAGAAGGCUAAGCCAAAUGUAACCUGUGCUGAUCCAUUUACAUUUGUUAUCAAAAGUCAAGAUGGAUAUGGUUUUGCAUUUGGAUCGGUCCAAUCUUCGGAAUUAAAGUACACAGCUCAAGUUGCGCUACAAUACCCAAAGAAUGAACAAUCGCAAUCUGUAUUUUUCGAUGGAAAAAUCAAGACUUCAAAAAUUGAAUUGUAA